AUGAGUCCUCUCACCUCCCUCCUGGUAUACCUCUGCAUAGGGCUGCAAUUUGUCGCUGCCCUAAACCGUGACUUUCUCUCCUUCCCCACCAAACCCCGAGUCUUCGUGCUCUCCGAUAUCGCCAACGAGCCGGACGAUGCGGAGUCUCUUGUCCGAUAUCUUGUUCACAGCAAUCAGUUCAAAACCGAAGGUAUAGUCGCUACCACGUCGGUAUGGCUCAGGAAUGAGACCCAUGCCGAGGACAUGAUCGAGAUCGUCAACGCGUACGGCAAGGUCGUGGAUAACCUCAACCACCAUGCGCCGAAGGGUUCGCCAUUUCCCUCGGCGGAGUAUUUUCAUGGGAUUGUGAAGAAUGGGUCCUCGGAAUAUGGUAUGGCUGCGGUUGGCGACGGUAUUCCGCUCAGUGACGGCGCGGAGCUGCUUCUCGAGCGUCUGGAAGAAGACUCGGACCAGCCGCUCUGGGUCCUUGCCUGGGGCGGUACCAAUGUCCUAGCCCAGGUGCUGUAUAAGAUCCACAAGGACUCUUCAUCCGAGAAGGCAGCCGAGCUGCGGUCGCGGCUUCGAGUAUACACGGUCUCCGAUCAAGACGACACGGGCGCUUGGAUCCGACACAGCUGGCCGGACAUCUUCUACAUUGCCUCCGUGCACGCCUGGAACCAAUACCCCCUGUCGACCUGGGUCGGCAUGUCCGGCGACAUCCUAGAUGAUUUCGACAAAGGCGGGCCCGAUCUCUCGAAAUUCUCCCGCCAAUGGCUCCGACAGAACAUCCAGAUCGGGCCGCUGGGCGCUGUGUACCCGGAUUACCAGUACACCGUCGAAGGCGACACGCCGACGUUCUUGUAUCUGAUCCAGAACGGCCUGGGCGACUCCGAGCACCCCGAGUACGGGACCUGGGGCGGCCGAUAUGGCCUGGUGAACCCUAGCACGCAUGGGCUGAAUUUCAACCACUACGCAGACACCCAGGAUACCGUGGUGGGCAAGAACAAUGAGACGUUCACGUCCAACCAGGCCACGAUCUGGCGCUGGCGUGACGCCGUCCAGAACGACUUUGCGGCCCGCAUGCAGUGGACCCUCACGGCGAAUGCUAGCCAGGUGAACCACCACCCCGUGCUCUCAGUCAACGGGUCGACCGGGCUGGCCCCUGUCUUGGUAAACGCCACGGCCGGCUCGACGCUGACCUUCGACGCCAGUGCCAGCUACGACCCGGACGGAGAUCGCUUGACGUUCCGCUGGUUCCAGUAUAAGGAGGCCUCGGUGAGCGAGUCGGUCCGUGAGACGGACGUGGGACCUCUGGACAUCAAGCCAUUCGGCAAGGGGGGUCAAAGUGUGGAGGUUCAAGUUCCGUCGGCGAAAUUGUCCUGUCGCAAUAUCCCGAACUCGGAUCCGGGUCAGUGCCAGACCCUGCACUUGGUUCUGGAGGUGACGGAUUCUGGGAGCCCGGCGCUGACGACGUACCAGCGCGUGUUGCUUCAAGUGGUCUAG